AUGGUUUGUAUUCACAUAUCCAUCUCCAAGUCUGCCCAGGAGAAAGUGCGUCAGAAAUGGAGGAAGCUGGAGCUGCUGCGGAGAGAGAAAGAGAGGGAGCAAGCUCAGUGGAGGAGUGAAGAUGACUGUGUCGAUCACCUCAACAGUGAUCCCAUCAAUGACCCCAUGCAUAGCGCCAUCACGGUGGACAGCAGCAAGCCUCCAAAUGAAUGGAAGCAGUCCUCUCUUCCCCCCGGCCCCCCUCUGUGUGCCCCCCCACAACGGCGCUCCAGCGUGGGCACAGUCCUGAGGAGGCGGGCCAGCCGCCCCUCACUGCCCACGGUCCACCAGCUGAGACGCCACUCUUCAGUAGUCCUGCCCUUGACCAACUUACCCCAGGAGCAAGAGGAGGAUUCGUAUGAUGAAGAGACAAGACCCUUCUCCCGACCAGAGCAGCAGCUGAAUGCAGCAUUCAAAGCACUAAACGAUAACGACUGGGAGGUAAAGAAGAGCGGGCUGUCCACUCUGCGCUGCCUGGCCUCCUGGCACCCCGACACCCUGUUGCCCCGGCUCCACGACGUCUGUCUGAUGGUCACUCGAGAGGUGAAUAACCUGCGCUCCAAGGUGGCCCGCUCGGCAAUGCAGACACUGGCGGAUGUGGCACGGGCAGUGGGGCGAAGCCUGGACCCCGAGCUGGAGGAAGUGACCCGUGUCCUUCUGCUGAGGGCAGGCGAUACCAGCGAGUUCUUGCGGGACCGAGCAGAGUGGGCGGUGGGGGUGCUGGUGGCGAGUGCCACGCCCAGCCGCGUUCUCGCUGCACUUAUUACUGCCGGGGCCACGCAGCGUAAUGUAUCAGUGCGUCGCUGUGCUGCAGAGCACAUGCUGACGGCAGUGGAGACACUGGGGGCAGAGAGGCUGCUGGGGGGGCGCGAUGGCACGGAGCUCAUCGUACAGACCAUGGUGAAACUGGCGCAAGAUGCACACCAGGACACCAGGUUUUAUGGGAGAAGGAUGCUGACCAUCCUGAUGUCUCACCCAGAGUUUGACCACUUCAUCCAGAAAUCUCUGUCCACCCACGACCUUCACUUCAUCAUGACCUCCAUCAAGCAGAAAGGGAAGAGGGACAGCGUUCCUGAACUGACACCUGUAAAGGGUCGAAGGUCAUCCAGGGCCAGCUUUUCCACCGUUGCUAAGGAAGCUAUACUGCUUCACAGAAGAGCAGAAGAGGGAGGGUUUGGUGGAGGCAACUGUAAAUGUGAAGUGUGCCUGAAACUAGCCUGCCUAGAGGUUGUAUGCCCAACGCAUCCCAGAGAUUUCACAUUAAAUCAGAGACCUGCAGCAGUGUCAGUCUGCUUCUUGUUGGCCUGUAUGCGCCUUUGCCUACAAACACAACCCUUGCAGCAUAUUCCCUGUGUUUUUGUCAGGGAGAGUGCUUCGCAGCAUGAGGUCUCUGUGCACCCCCUGGAGCCAGCCCCUGCCCCCAGGGUCCUGGAUGAACCACCUUCCCAUGGCGGGGUCCUGGAUGAAAACCCUCCCCACGAAGGGCUCCUACGCAAGGCUGUGGUGCGCAGUCUGGAGAACAUGGAGAAACUGAAGGAACUACACCGACUCCUCACCUCCCGCGACUUCCAGGAACGUAUGCAAGGGGUGUCACUGCUCCUGCAGCUUGGCAAAGACAACACCCAGCUCAUUGCAGCCAACAGUGUGAAGCUCCUCGACUGGUUCAUACCGAGGCUCCAGGACUCCAACAGGAAGGUGAACCUGCAGGCCCUGGAGACGGCCAGUGAGCUGGUUCCGCUGCUCAAGGACAGCCUGCACCCCAUCCUGUAUCCUCUAGCAACCGUCGUCAUUGACAACCUGAACUCCAAACACCCCGGCAUCUCCCCCGCGGCUAACAAACUGCUCGACUCCCUCAUCACACACAUUGACAAUGUGUUGCUGUUGCAGCCGUUGGCCAGCAGGGUACAGUUCAUCAGUGGCAGAGCAACCCAUGAUGUAAUUGAGCAUCUGUCAGUCCUGGUGGCCUCGGUGUACCCAAGGAAGCCCCAGGCGGUGGAGCGCCAUGUCUUGCCAGUACUCUGGCACCUGGUUGGCAACAUGACGGGCAGCGGGGUCCUGCCAGGAGGGAAUGGGAACGUGCGGCCUGCAGUGGCACAGCUGGUCUGUACCCUCCACCAGCACAUGGGGCCCGGGCUGCAAGAGAGCAGCUCCACACAGCCAGUGCAGGUCAGGAGGGCACUGCAGGAGCUUAUCAAGACUGGAGAGGAGGAGAGGGGGGAGGGUGGGGAAAGAGGUCUGGAAGAGGUGGGGGAGCCAAGGGAAGAACAGAGAGGAGAAAGGUGA